AUGGAUGAGCGAGAAAAGUUACAAUACAAAAACGCCUCUACUUCUCAACAUUCUCAUGAUUCUUUAAAGAUGGAAAUAACAGAGGAAGGAAAUUGGACGAAUGUUAAAACAAUUCACCAAAAUGAUCUAAAUGCUCAUUCAUCAACAAUUGAUAAAAAUGAUAAAGACGCUAUCAUGUCUUAUUCAACAAAUCGUGAAAAAGUUUAUCACAAAAAUACAGGAACCAUUGAAGAAAUACAUGUUCUGGAAAGCUCAGGUAGAACUACUCGAGAUUUUUCCGAGGAACAUUGGUCAUCAGAAAUUAAGUCAUACGUAAUGCCUGAACCACCUAAAUUUAUGCAGGUAAUCAAAGCAUUUCGAGUGUUAGCCACUGAUACGUUAACACUUGUUGUUGAAGUACAAAGCGAUCCACCAGCUAUUUUUGAAUGGUUCUGUAAUGACAGACCAGUGCAACAAAAUCGACGCAAAUUUAAGGCACGUCAUGGAAUCAACAUUACCACCCUGACCGUUGAGGGCCCGGAACAGGGUGUUUAUAAAUGUACCGCAAGGAAUCCCGUUGGUAUAUCCACCACUUAUGGCUAUGUUACCGUCAACGCUCCGCCAUCAUACAAAACAUGGUUGGAGCAAACACAUGAAGUUAAUGAAGAAACAAGAAUGGAAAUUAUCGAUAAAGAAAAUCUCCAAAUAACGACUGAUAUGCCUCCCAAAUUUAUCCAGCAGAUACCGAAUUUGACACUACGACCGGGCACUGAAGCACUUAUUGAUGUUGAAGUGGAGGCAUCACCACCAGCUAAAUUUACUUGGUAUGUUAAUGGUGUCCAAUUUUGUGAUACUGUUAAACAGAUUGAAAUUUAUUACCCAAUGGCCAAUCGUUGUAUUGCCCGAUUUCCAAUUCCCCAAAAGGGUGAAUAUAAAGUAACUGCGGAAAAUAGAGCCGGUAAAGAACACAGUAUCGGAUAUAUUGAUAUCAAAAACGAAGUUAUGUAUAAUCAAACACAAUUACCACCUCUCCCAGGUGAUCAUGUCUAUCAUCACUUGUCGCAUACCGAAUCUGAGCAUCGUGAAAUACCAUUACAAGGCCGAGGACGAGCAUCCUCGGUAAGUAGAACGGUUAAUUAUUAUGAAGAAAAUAGUUAUUAUCAACGAUCGACAAGCUUGCCCAGACAAAUUGGUCAUCCAUAUGAAAUUAAAAAAGCAACAGAGAUCAUUCGCAAACGCAAAGAUGAUUCAAGUCAGUUGCAACAACAACAACAACAACAUGAACAACAGUAUCUAUCUUCAAGAGAGUUGGUUGAAACAGAAGACGAGCAAAUACAGAUGGUGAAACGUCGACGUUACAGUGAAACAAUGCAACAUUUGCUACCACAAAAACCAGUUUUUACCACCAAACUACCGGUAGAAGUUGCGAUUGGUUCGGAUGAAGAUUUGGUGCUAAAUGUUGGUUUUCAAGCAAUUCCAAGAGCAGAUGUGAAAUGGAAUGUGAAUGGAUUUGAACUAAAGGAUUCAAAAAAGGUUAUAGUAAUCAAUGAGGAGGAUCAUUCAACGCUUAUCGUUCAUCCACCAGUUCGUUAUGGACGUUACAGUGUUACAGUAGGGAAUGAAUACGGUAUGAGCAAUCAAACUACACGAGUGUUUUAUGAUGAGGAAAAGCAAUAUGAGGUGGUCAAAGAAUCACACUUACUAUCGGAUGAAAUCGUAGAAUAUCCGGUAUCAGCUUGUACUACUACCGCAUUGUUUGAUGGAUGGGAAUUGGUUGAUGAGCAGCAACGAUCUAGCAAAUCGGCUGAUUCGUUUGAAACUGUUAAACAUGUGGAAACAAUUCGAGCAGCUACAGAAGGUUAUGAAACACCAACUGCACGUGAUCAAACACCUACUUCACGUUCGUCUACGUACAUCAUGAGACAAUAUGAAGAAAGUAGUGAUGAAAAAAGUGCAGUUAGUUAUGAAGCACCAAAAAUUCCACCACAACCAUUACCGAAGCCAUUAACACCCAUUGUCCAUGAACCGAUACGAGGAGUUUCUGUAGUUUCUGAUGUAUCGCGCGUAUCGCCUUGUACAGAAAAAAGAUACGAAGAAGUCACAAGUGGUAUAUCGAAAACAGUUUAUGAAGCAUCACGCCCAUCAUCUUUACCAUCGAAGUUUGCUGAACCGAUGUUACACAAACCGCUAACAGAUACGACAUUUGCGCGACAAAUAUACGAAGAAACUGUUUGUGGGGGAAGCGAAGUUGUGAUUGAUAGGGUACCAUCACCAAAAGCACAAUUACAAAAAGAAAUUGAAGAUAGAAUUGCGGGAAAGAAAACAUUCCGUAUUCCAGUACAUCGUGUUAUGGAACCAAUUCCCAAGCAUCCGGUCAUUUUGAGACAACCAGAGCCUGAAAUCCGACUGAAAGCAGGUGAAAAACUUGUGUUAGAGUCUAAAGUUGAUUCGUCUCCAGCAUCCCAAUUCAAAUGGUACCAGAAUAAUUUUGAAGUACGGCCAUCACCAUCUGUGAUUAUUGAGAGUCCGGCAAUAAAUGAAAGUCGGGCUACAUUUUUGAAACCAGUAAGUGGUACUUAUAAAGUGGUGGCUUCCAAUAUUCAUGGUUCGUGUACCAGUACAACCCGUGUGAUUACUGAAGUUAGCGAGCAAUGGAUGACAGAAUCUACUGUUUCUAUGAUUCGGACAUUGCCGGAGAAGCAGGAACCAAAAUAUCAGCUUGUAAAGAGAUCUCAUAAUGGAACACGAAAUGAUUUACCCAAAGCGCCACGAAUUGUGGAAGGUUUCGCUUCCGUUCUCAAAAUCGCUAGUAAUGAACCACUCGUAUUGCGUGUUACUGCAGAUGCAAUACCGGAAGCGGAAUUUCGUUGGAUGCUGAAUAAUUUCGAAAUAAGACCAAGUCAGACGAUCUCUAUUCAAAGUUUCGGUCCAAAUGUUUCACAAGCUACAUUCCAAAAUCCGAUAAGUGGACGCUAUGAAGUGAUAGCCACUAAUUUAUUAGGUCAAGAUUCGUGUUCUGGGAAAGUAAUUGUUGAUUAUGCAGAAGAAGCGCAAGUUGUUCCAAUUCAACCAAUCAAGAAGCCAUCUAUUCCUAAAGUCCCCGUAUUUAUAAAGCCACUACCAGGAGAAACACAGUUAUACUCUACUGAACAGGAAUUCCGUCUUUCUGUAUUGGUCCACGGUGAGCAACCGAUUACGUUCCGUUGGUUUGCGGAUGGCAGUCUUCUAUCGAAUAGCGUUGAACACCAAAUGAUAAACGAUUUGGAAAGUAGUACAUUAGUGGUAAGGAAAGAAAUUGGAUGUGAUGUUGAUUAUGCAGUUGAAGUUUCCAAUGCUUACGGAGCUGUGUGGUCCGAAACCACGGUACAACCAUUGUCACCAUCGACAUCUGUGGUUACUAGUACAACUUCAGCGGAAGGUUCACUACGAGAAAUGUUUGAUGCACAGCGAUCCUCUCCGCGCUAUACCAUCGCAUUAGUGGAUCAGACUUUGCAACAAAAUGCUGAGUUUACCGCACAUGUGACUAUUAAUGAAGAAUCCAGCCCAUGUGAGUUUGUCUGGACGCUCAAUGAACGUGAUAUUCGCACAAUCCCUGGAUUCCGCGUUGAAUCAACAUACCAUCAAUCUACACUGAACGUCAAAUCAGCUUUAUCAAAGCAUUCUGGUGAACUGUCAGUUGUAGCGAGCAAUAAAUAUGGUACUGCAAGGUCAACGGCUAAAAUCACCGUUCACCCAUUACUUGAAGAAUUGUAUGAAUUUAUUUCGGAAAUAGAAACGAUACCAGCUGAAAGGCCACCACGAGUUGUUUCACCUUUACAGCCUUCUGUUCUGCGAGUGGGUGAAUCACUGAAAUUACGUUGUCGUGUUGAUGGUUUGCCAUUACCGGAAGUAUUCUGGACCAAGGAUGGAAUUCGUAUUGACGAUGGGAUGGCAGAAAAAGAGCUUAUCACUGUUCAAUAUCCGGAUGGUAGAUACGAACUGAUUAAUCCUCAAUGUGCACCGGAAGAUGCUGGUUUGUAUCAGUUAAUAGCUCGUAAUAUCCAUGGAUCCGUGAAUACUUCAGCUUAUAUUCACAUUGAAAGACAAGAAACAGUGAAAAGGACAACAACGGAAACAAGAGGUGAAAUCCAAGUGAUUCAUCGAGCACCAUCAAAACCUCGAUUUAGUAAGGUAAUAUCGAAGCAAUAUGAACAAGAUACGGUUGUAAGCUGUGAUGUGAUAAGUGAAACACCAGUAGUGAUAUCGUGGUACAAAGAUGGACAACGUCUUUAUUCCACCUAUAAGUAUCGUAUGCAAAAAUUAUCUGACAACACGUAUACUCUUACGAUAUGCAAUAUCGACAAAAGGGAUGAAGGCUCAUAUAUCUGUCGUGCUGAAAAUACAUAUGGUAUCUCAGAAACAGGCAUCUAUAUCCGAUCAUUAGCUAAAACCCAAGAGAUAAGCGAGGAAAUAUUGAUUGAAGAAAAUGCUAGUGAAGUAAUUGGAUUACAGGAUGAUAUUGGCUAUGCGAAGAAAAAAUACAUUGACACAACGGUUAAAGUAUUGGUAGAGCCUGAAGUAAGCGGUAGUCAAGAAAUGUACAGUCAUACCGCGGAAUUACGAAAGACCGAAGCAGAGUACAAGUUAUUAGUAAAAGUUGCCGAAAUUGUUGCAAGUAAAUUAGUUGCUAAAGUAAUAAUUGAUGAAGCAAUAGAUACAGCAUUGAAACGAAUGGAUGUCAAAGGUCAAUCGAGUGAAGAGGAAGAAUUCGAAUCAAUCAAUGAACGACAUCCAUGUCCACCAAGAUUUGAAACAAAUGUCGAAUGUUAUACUGUUGAUGUUGGUGAUACUGUUAUGUUGCAUACAGAUAUUAGUGGAUAUCCUCAACCAAGGAUUGAAUGGUACUUCGGUGAGCACAAACUUGAACAAUCCGAACAAAUCGAAGCAAAGUAUGUGAAUGAACAAGCUAUACUAACAAUUAAGAAAGUGGAGAAGAAACAUGAAGGUACUUAUUACUGUCAUGCUGAGAACGAUUAUGGAAAAGCAGUGUUACCAUGUAAUUUAUGCGUGACUGAUACCGCCCAUGAAUGGUCCGAAUCCACGUACAAAAUGACUAGACCGCCGCUGACCUACACUUUAUCAGAAACUGAGGCGGAAGUAUCUUCAAAUGUUCACGUCACUCAUGCUACAGAAUCCUAUGAUCAUUAUUUCUCCACUAUUCAACCAGAAACCUUUGCAUUGGGUUAUUCAUGUCUUGCAUCAACAAGUAGAGUUCACGAUGAUUCCGUGAUCAUAACCCGUGAAUCGAUGCAGAAAAUGAUCGAAAGAGAGCAAGAAACAACGGAAGUUAUCUUAAAUGUAAAUGUUGAACGAACACCAGCAGUUUUCAAGCAUGAUGCACGUAUUUUACGAUCGAUAGAUGAAAGCGUCACCAUAUCUCGACGUGAACCUCGAUAUACGAGAGCGGAAGAAGUAAUCCAAACUAAUAAUAUAUUUCUGAUUGGUGAUCAACGUGUUCUGCAGCAGCAUCAAUCUAUGGUUAAUGCUGUAGCAACGGUUGUGUUCGAAAAGCCGCCACAACGAGCUUUGCAUGAAGUUAUCUGCUUGUAUGACGAAAAGAUAUAUGUAAGCAAGGAGAAAGUUCAAGCUGUCAGUACAGUUGAUCUUAAAAAAACUGAAAUUGUCAGUGAACUUGUCAGUACCAUUAUGGCUACACAGGGAAUGUUCCGCGAAGCAUAUGCAGAAGCAAACGUUGACGUAAGAUGUCCGGAUGCCGUAUUUGAUCAUUUCAUAACAGUUGUUGACUCAGAACAGGAAUAUUUCAAAGUACAUUUGGUUGCACCGGUGCUUGUAAGGAAUCUUGCCACUUCCGAUUUUCAUUUACAACAAAAACCGGAAUCAUUGCAUACAGAAUCAGUGUAUAUUGAAUAUCCGAGAAGGAAUGCCACUGCUGAACAAAGAAUUGUUAUACUUCAAAGCUCAUUCCAAAAAUUCAGCGAAGCUAUUACAUGGAACUUGAAAAAGGUUUCUAAAGAAGCAACCGAGAGUGACAUAACAGUAGCGCAUGCAAAUAUUGUAGUAUAUAAACCGGAAGAGAUUGGUGAAUAUGCAACAACAAUUGUUGAUGCAAGAAAAAUGGUUCCGGAAUUACUUGCUAUCGCUGCUGCAGCAAGCAAACUUAAGCUCACCAGCGUUUUUAUAACUUUUACUAAGAAAGGCGAUGUAGCACAUCAAGCGCUUGUCAUCGAAUAUGAAAGUUUUGUGGAAGAGGAAGCUACUCUAAAUGUGGCUAUGCUUACUGCUCCUGGAUUUCAUUCAAAACAGGAAAGUGUUUGGUCAUAUGGAAAGAAAUAUGAAAAAUCUGAGGAAACCGAAGCAAAUGUUGUCGCCGUUUUUGUGGAAGUUAAUGCCACAUGUCCAAAUCAGACGAUUGAAUUGAUAGCAUCAGUUAGUCUUCCACCAUCUGCUUUUGGCAUUACGGAUGUAACUCAUUCUUUGCAACCACCUUUUGAACCAUCAUCUGUAUCUUGGUCUGAAUCUUCAUCAGCAGGAUUACUCCAAAUGCCAAAAUUCGUUAAAACAUUGGAAAAUAUGACAGCAAUAGUUGGACAAUUCCAUCAAUUCAAAUGUAUUGUUACUGGUGCACCAGCACCGAUGAUACGAUGGUAUGUAGAUGGCGAUGUCAUUCAUGAUUCCGACAUUUAUCAAACUAUCUAUGAAGAUGGUGUUUGCAUUCUGAAAAUCCGAGAAGUUGCGAUUGAAGAUGAAGGAGAAUACACCUGUGAAGCGACCAAUGAUGCUGGUCGGGUGAUCACAAAAUGCUUUUUGCAAACAAUCACCGAAGCUGAUAUUUUGAAAUACCACCAGGAAGUCACACUUGAAAAUAUACUGUACAGCAACAGUGGCAGCAAUAACAACAAUGAUAACGACAAUUGCGCAUCCUUGGAUAAUAUUAGUUCACUUAGUAAUGUUGAUGGGACAAUGUAUCGGAAUCAUACUAUUUGUGAUAGUUUAGUAGAGCAGAAUAGUAAUCGUCAUCGUCGUAAACAAUUUCUUAUAGUCAAUUAUGAGUUUGCUCGAAAUGAACCAAUAUGUGCUGAGACAGCGGUAAUUGUGACAUGUUACACUGCACCACGGAAAGGAUUGCGUAAAAAUUUGGCAUUAGAAGAGCGAAGCUUUAAUAUUUCCGUUUUCUUGCCAAAUGCUGCAAUGGAGUGUGAUUUUAUUUGGGCAUUUAUUAACUGCGAAACUGUUGAAUUGCAUCUGAUGUCAUCAUAUCAGGCGACAGAUUUUGUAAUUCAAAAUUUUCUACCGCAACAAGUAGAGGAAGCAUGUUUGCUUCUAUUUGUGAAGAAAUUAACGCUUGAAAAUAUUUCAUUUGCUGUUUGUCAACCCUGGGAGGAAAUUUUAUUGGUUAAAAAACCUGAGAAUGCAUUUGUCUGGGAUAAUGAAUUUUAUCGGAUGCAAAAAGUACGAGUGGAAAUUUUAAUUAAAAGUUCUAAUGAAAACGGUUGUAGCAAAAAUGAAUCUAUGGAAGAUAUCACAGUGGGAGUGAUAGUUGAUGCUGUUGGAGGAGAUGAUGCGACAAAUUUUGCCAUUCAAGCAAAUCUGACAUCACAAAUGAAAGAAAGUAUCAACAAUUCGGAAAAGUUAACAAGUGAACAUAAUGAAAAAAUUGUUUGCUAUAAAGACAAACAAGAGGAAGAAUCACGAAUUCCGAUUAUUCCUCAAGAAAUGACUUAUGGAGAGAAGGAAGCUGAUGAUCUUGAUAUUCUGCUCAGAGAUGAUGACAAUCAGUUCAAUCAUGAAUCAUUUCGACAGACAUCUGAAGAAUAUCUGGGGGUCAGUGUAAAUGCUUUAGCUGCAAUUCGACGGUGUGUUGAUGAACUACUUAAUUUUGACCUUUCCGUACCAACAGCUACCUCCACCGGUACAAGCAGUUAUAAACAAGGCAAUGUCAUUAGACUGAAUACGACAAACAAUCAGAUGGGAAAUGAUCUGUUGAAAGAUUCUGUUAAUGAAGAAUAUCUGAACUGUUCAUUUUGCCGCAGAUUGGAACAUGUUGAGAUAAUUCGAGAUUUCCCGAUACCUGGAUUAACAUCAGCUAGCAGUUAUUUUGCAAAGGAUAUUUCACCGCUUGGAACUGUUCACUUGAAUUCAAAUCUAAGUUCCAAAAAUGUGCCUUCUAACAAAGAAAGAAUUGAAUCCACCAGAUCAUUAACAUAUGAAAUUGGUUACGAUUCAGGUGAGAACUCGGGACAAAACCUUGGUAAUCCUGGGAGUAAAGGAAGUCAUAGCAAGUUAGAUACUUGCAAUAGCUUUAAUAAACUGGACAACAUACCGUUAUAUUCUCAUCAUACUACAGAAACUUAUCCACUACAUCUUACAACUUCGAUAGAAAGUACAGAAACUGCUGUAACUUUUGAUCCCAGCGAAGAAUUUGAGGUUUUCAGUGCUUCAGCUAAUCCCAGGCUACAACAUGAUGAAAGUUAUUCGACAUCAGUAUAUACAAAUGGAUAUAAUCUUUGUGUACUGGAAGAUAAGCAUUUGAAACCUUUUCAUGUUAGUCCUGGAACUGUCGACACUUUAACCUCAAAUACCAACAUUUCCGCUAAAAAAGAUUUCCAAAGAUUUCCUCUGGGAGUGAUCACAGCUCAGAACAAUGCUACUGUCGAGUUAUUGUCGAAGAUUAAAGUAAUGGAUGAAGUUUGUGGAGAAGAUAAAACUGAAAUUGAAGUGGAAUCAGAAAAUAACGAGGAAGUACUUCAAAUUGAACGCGCAAUAUACGAUAUAUCUGAGCGUAUAGAACAUCAGCAUUCUCUAACGGAAGCACAAGCAGAAGCAAGUGAAGAGCUUCUAAAAACAAUACUUGAAAAUAUUAUCAAGAAUACGGGACGAAGCAGUGUUAUAGAAACAAUGGCUGCUUAUAAAAAACCGGUCGUGUUAUUGCGGGAAAAGUUGACUGAUCUGGAAGAAACAUUGAAAAGAGAAGAUUUAGAAUUCAGGGAAUCGUCGAUGACAAGAUCAAUUCCGGAAGCACAGUCUGCAUUCUCAAAAUCAUUCAGUGCGGAACGGGAAUAUGCAGCAUCUACCAGAGAAAGUUCGAUCGAGAGAGAAAUUUGUGGAGCAUCAUUAUAUGGUUUUCAACAAACUGGAAGCACCAAUAAGCAAGAGAUUAGAAGGAUGACACCCUUAACAUCAAACAUUAAGGAACAACUUCAAAGUUUGGAAUGUAUGCUUGAAGAAGUUGAAAAAGAAGGCGAAAAUGAUAUUAAAGAAUUGUCUGCCGAAACUCAUGUUCCCUUUCCGGUAUAUUCGGAUGCUAAGCAACAUGAAGUACAUAACAUUCUUGUGCAAAUCAAUAAUGAAAUAAGUAUUAUCAAACGAUGCUGUCAAAGAAAUAUCUCGAAGACAAGCCUUGAUGCUGCAGUUGGUUUAUUGCACAAAGUUCGCAACAAUGUUUCUUCAAUGGUUGAUCUAAUAUCAGUGUAUAAAAAAAGACUGAGGAAAAAGUCGCCUGGUGGAAAAGGACGAAAUGCCAGUAGAGAACGGAUAAAAUCAUCGAAACGAUCAUCCCAUCAUCUAUCACCGUGUUCCAGGACUGGAUUCUUUUUCAAAACAGAUGCUUCAGUGAAUUUAUACUUUAAGAAGCGUGAGGAAUCAGAAGUUAUUCAUGCCAUCGUCAAGUUGACUUCAUCUGACAAAUCUGGAAAUCAAAUAUCGAAAAGUGAGAAUUCUGAAGUCUCCACAUAUGAAGAUGCAGUUUUUGAUGAUAAAAACAAGAUUUCGCAAGAAAUAGGAAAUGAUCCGAUGUGGACACUUGUUUCGGAAUCCGAUACUGAAAAGGAUGAUAAAGUUAUCUUGUCAGAUUUUGUUGAUCCGCCAAGCAGUUCAUUUUCACUCCAUUCUGUUCAGGAUUCUCAAACAACUCCCGUUCGACCGCCACGAAGGUUACGAGAAAUGCAUCAGCAAAGAGCUAGUUCACCACAUCCGGUUCCACCAUUGCGUACGAAGCGUCGUUCGAAAUCAUGUGAUGAUUAUAAAAAUCUUAUUGUUCGAUCCUCCUCCUCUGAUGCGCGGAAUUAUCCAUUGCCUAUGUUGCAGAAUAUGACAGCGAAUAUGAGCGAAGAAGGUGAAACGUCGCAGUUAGAUAUGUCAGUUCAUGAGAAUGGUUAUUUAAAUCCGCUGAAUGUCAUAAAUUUGGUGGAUGUGGAAGAGUCAAGCCCAUCGAUGUCUGAACAUAAAUCUAAAAAAUUUAAUGAAAGGGAAAUCAGUUAUGAAAAAAUUAUCAAAAAAAAGGGAAGCUUUUCCAGUUGUUCAUACGUUUGGCCUUCAAGAGAAGAAUACCAUAUUUCACUGGAAACGUUCGAUGAACCUAAUUCCAUACAACUUACAUGUGAGGAUUCCGACUAUGCACCGGAAUCAGUUAUGCAUUCACUAUUGCUAUUUGAACCAACGGGCAAAGUUCAAGAAGAAAUGCUUUUGCAAACACUGGAAGUUUCAUCAGAUUUGACGACAACUAAAGUCGAAACUAUUGCUGAAAAUAUCAUGAAAUCGGAAGAAAAUUUUGUUAACUUGAAAAAUGAAAGGGAAGAGAAAAAAUCCACAACUCCUGAAUUGGAUGAAACUUUCCAUGAAAAUAUUUCAAAAUAUCUAGUUGACAUGGACCAGAAAACAAAUGAAAGUUUGAAAUCAUUGGCAAAUCCACAAAGUAGUACAUCUGAAAAUGCGGUUUUUGAAAGUGUUCAAAAGCUAACACAGCAGCACUCUCAUGUUUCCUUGGAUACAAAACCACAAGGAUCAGCCAUAACAAAUACAUUAGAGGAUGAGGCGAAUUCAUUGCAUGAAAUUGAAUCAAUUGAUGAUAAAGAUGAAAUGUUAGAUGAACUGGAUGAUCUAAUGAUAAUAUGCAAUCCUCAUGCCAGUAUCAUUGAUGGCAUUGACUUAUUGCCAACGAUAGUAGAAGAUAAUGAAAGCUCGAAAAUUGCACAUUCAUUUAUGUCUGUCAGUACAAAUACUAUCAUUGCUAACAUUGAUAUGCAGGAAACAAACAGUGAUAUUCAUGAGAUAGUUGGUGAAGAUGAAGAAGGGAGUGAUAUUACAUCAUCAUCAACAUUGGAAUCAACUGCAGGAUUGACUGAGAAAACUUUUCAAGUUCCUUUUAGUAGAAGUGAUGUGGAUGAUAUCAACUAUUUGGAUAAUUAUAAGCAGAGAGUAAUUUUGAUAUGUGAGAAUGACGCUGAACAAGUAUCAGAGGAAACUACAAUCAAUGUAAACUAUAAAAAGCCAUCGAAUAAGCUUAAGGUGAUAGCAGUCUUAUCACCUGAGAUACAAGCUAAAGCUGAAGCAUGUACGAUUAUUGGUGAAGAUUUUGAUGUUCUAAUUGAACAACCAGAUGAAGCUCAAGACUUUACAGUUAAAAUUUUAGAUCAUAUAAGUGACUCGAUUAGUCUUGAUUUGACUCUUCAAAAUACGGUCGAAGUGGAUUUAUCACUGAAACGCAGUGAACAGUAUGGUAGUGUUCUAUCGUAUCAAGUUAAAAAUCUACAUGAUGGUGAAACUGACGAAGAACGAAUAAGUGAUUACGAGCAUCAUCAUCAUCAUCAUUCAUCAAAAACUACUGAAGGCAAGGAAAAACGUACCGGUAUUUCUGUAAACAUUAUUGCGCGAAGCAUGCAUGACUUUACAUGCGCCUCAUUGGAGGAAAUCCCUUGGGGAGAAGUAUCCAUGUAUAUUGUAAUGCAGCCCAUUAUGAUUCGUUCGAAAACCGAUUCGGAAACCAGAAAUUCACUAAUCCAAAAUGUGACUGUAUCGGAAUCGAAUGAAACUGAAAAACGUUCACUACGCUCUCAUGAAUCGUUUCGGUCAUCAUCACGACAAUCGUUUGAUUGGAGCGAAUUUGGUGAUCGAAGUAUCAGUGGACAAAAUUUCAAUAUACCAAGCUAUGUUCUUAAGGAAGGAUCAACUGCUACAAUCACAUGCGAAUUUAACAAUUUUUUAACUCCUGGAAGUUUCAUUGAUUGGUUCAAGGGUAAAUCUUUGAUGCAAAUUGUACCCGGAAAAACGGAUCGCAUAAGUCACGAUCUGUUAGAGGUACUGGUUAUCUCACAUUUGAGCCUAAUGGACGGCGAUAUUUACAGCAUUCGGGUUAAUGAUGUUAUUUAUCCCGUUGCAUAUCUUAUUGUUGAGAAUGCUGAUGCAUCUUCUGAAAAAAUCAACGAUGAUAUACAUUUCAUAAGUCCACCACAAACAUUAUUUGUAAUGGAAGGACAACCAUCAAUUAUUUCCUGCCAGGUUGGUAGUGCUGAUGCUAAAAUUCAAUGGUGUAAAGAUAACAAAAAAUGGGUAACUGAAAAUGAGAGGAUACGAUUAGAGACAGAUCAUUUUGGGUAUCAUCGGAUAAUUAUUGAUAAAUCUGAACUAGAAGAUCAGGGGACUUAUUAUGCUUUUCUGGGUGAUCAGUUUACAACAGUUACACUGGUUGUUGAAGAACGCAUUGACGAACGUGAAGUGACCAUCAGUGCAUUGGGAACAGACACUGACGAAGAUGAUUAUCAUGAGUAUCUGGUGCCUUUUGGUAGCACAGCAACAAUUUCUUGUGAGUUGGAAAGUACCGAUGAGGUGCAAAAAUUGGUAUGGCGCAAAGAUGGUAAACGAAUUGAGUUUUCGGAUGACGGAAAAGUUGAACAUGUAGUAAAUGGUUUAAAACAUUAUCUAGUGAUUCAUGAUACACAAGCUGAUGAUUCAGCAUCCUAUAGUAUCUGUAUUAAUGAUAUCGAAUUCAAAAUUGCUCAUUUGACAGUUAGCAGUUAUGCAACAGGAGAAUAUGCAAGUCAAGUUACAGUGGAAGAAUCGCUGGUACCGGUUGGUUCCGCUGCAACAAUUCACUGUGAAACAAUUGCGCAACAAUAUUCAUUGGAUUGGCGGAAAAAUCUGCAACCUAUUAUGGAAGAUGAGCGAAUCGAAAGGAAAGAUACAGCUGAUGGCUUUGAGCAUAGUCUUACAAUUUACAGUGUUCGGAAGAGUGACGAAGGCGAAUAUGGCGUUCUAAUAAAAGAUUCAUAUACUGCUGUCACUAAGAUUACUGUAAUUGAAUCACAGGAACAAAUUGCCACUGAACAUUUUGAUAUAUCACUAAAUCCAACACCAGCAAUGAUGAGUGAAGCUUUUGCGCAAUUACAUGAUCGUGUUAAUCUACAACAUGCACAAACCUUCGAAGCAUAUCAAUUGUGUAAUAUGGAAGAAUAUUUUGAUCUACGAUUUACUAUGCAAUCGUUUGAAAUUCCAGUAAUUGUUGAUGAAAAGCGAUUCGUAUCAGUCAGCUAUAUGUCACGUGGAUUGUCGAAUGAGAAGCUGGAAAAAGACAUCAACAUAUAUCGUGAGCCUUCUUAUGCAACUAGCAGCGAUUUGACCUUUAUGGAAAUAACCAUUAUUGCGUGCAAUUUUGUAACAACAGAUGUUCACUUUGAAUUCACAUCUUCUACUUCAGUUAGUCAUGCUGUUGGUGAAGCUAUAGUACUAACACUGAUUGCGCAGCAAUCUGCACAAAUCCAUCUCAGUUCACAAUCUGCUGAACUUACAACUAGUUUUAUAAAACAGUCAAGUGUGGAACAAUUAACCGUUGUUACAAGUGUACGAGAAAAAAUUGUCGAAAAAUUAGGAAUAAAGCUAGGUGAUCGGUGGGUCAAAUUAGAUGUCAUAUUGUUGUCACCAAUGCAAAGUAUAGCGAUGAAUAUUACAAACAAAAUUCCCAGAAUGAUAGCAAUAGAAAUGAAAUUGUUUGCAUUAAUAUUUGAAAAAUAUGACAAGAUCAUCACAUUUGAUAGAACAUCAGAAUGCGAAUAUUAUGAUGCUGUGUUGCUAACGAAAUCAGUCAUAUAUCCGGAAAAGAUUACACGGAAGUUUGCUGUGGACGUCGUCUGGUUGGAAUUUAUUGCUGUAUAUAAAGUACCGCAGGUUUUUGAUACCACAAUCAGGAUUGAUCUUGUUCAAAAGGAAAUGUUUCAUCUACAAUGCAAUGCUUCUGAAGCACAUAAAGUUGAUGAAGUUUUUACAGUAUGUAGUCCUAUUCAACAACAAGAUAUUGCAGUAACUUUUCUAGAAACUUUGUCUGUAGCAACAAGUGGAAAUUAUGUCGAUUCUAUUUCGUCUUUGGAAAUAAUGUUAAGUUCAGACAUGGAUCAGGAUUUGUUUAUAAGCAAAGAAAUACCAUUAGUUCGAAUGGAAAUGAUCGGUAUGAAGCUAUCGGCUUCAGUACUUGAGGUAAUUCCAGUAACUUACAGUUUUUCGAAAGCUACACAAAAUGAAAGUAUGGAACUAACAAUAUUUGUAAAAUCACUAAUGCACUAUGAAACGAGUCAACGUCAAUUCGUUGACAGUGUCGUGAAACUUGAACUAGAGCUGUGGUCGCAGAUUAAUCGUAACUUUUACGUCAUUACUGAUUUUCGAGCAGUAGAAAUGGAUCGACUGAGCGCAAGAUUUUCUAGUUCAAUUGAAGAAUAUUUCGAUGUAUCGACAGCUUUUACUAUUCAACCGAAAAUGGACUCAGUGAUAGCCACUUUACUGACAAAAGCACCAAAAAUUGUUAGGAAAACAAGCCGAUUGUUUUCAGAUGACGUGGUUAAUGUGAUUUCAGAGUGCUCAUCUCAGAUAUCUCGGGAAUUUUACGCCGAUGCUAUCUUUUUAAUACCACGAAUAGAUGUGCACGUUGCAAAUUUCAGAGCAACUUUUGAAAAUCUACAUGUCAUCUCAACGUUUGAAGUUCAAUCUCAGGAAAGCAGUGCUACGAUAACAUUAUUAAUGCGAGCACCGACAAUCGUUGAAAGAUCUAGCUCUAUGUUUUUCGAUGAUUUGGUUCAUGAAACAGCAGAAUUCCGGUCACAGCUUAUGCGUAAUCUAGAAGUGGAGACGGAAAUUUUCACUGCCCGAGAAGAUAGUUUGAUUAAGAAUAUUAAAAGUGCAGAAUUUGAGGAAAAAAAUAUUAUAGCUAUUAUCGAAGUGCGACCGGAGAAGGAAGAUUUGGAAUUCAUAUUGCUAACUCCGGUCCCAACACUAAUUCAGGAGAUCAGUCAGUCAUUUUCGGACGCUGUUGUGAACUUAAUUACUGAGCUACACAUGCAAAACGAUUCCCAUAUAGAUGGUGACAUUAUAAUCGCUCAAACAUGUACAACUCAACUGUAUCUGAAAGCCUCAGAAGAAGAAAAUGUCACUGUACUAGCAAGAUUUUAUAUCCAAGAUGAAAUCGAAAAUAUCGUCGCUACUUUGCUAACGCAAGCACCUACCAUUGAGGAAAGAAAUGAACGCAAAUUUUCAGAUAGUUUGGUGAACUUCGUCAUUGAACUUUGGUCGCAGGUCUGCCGUGAAGCUUUUGCAAAUGUUGAAAUUUAUAUUGCUAGAAAUGAUAAGAUGCAAACAAAGUUGAAAGCUUCAUUUGUUGAGGAUACGCAUAUCUCAUUAGUUUUGAAAGGUUAUUCUGAAGCUGAAGAACUUGAUGUCACUUUAUCUGAGAUAGUUCGAACCGAUACUUACAAAGUAAAUCGUUUCUUCUCCUAUCAAACCAUUGAUCUAAUUGCUGCAUUAUGGUACGAAACCCAAGCUAACUCCUAUGCUGAUGUAAAUAUAUCAAUAAAACGAAAGCAUAGUAGUCAAAUAUGCUUGAAAGCUUUUGGUGAACAAUGUACAAAUAUGUUAACGAGUUUUGAAGUGAAACCACAAGUAGGAAACGUUGAAAUGAUACUGCUUGCUAGAGUACCGAUCGUUGUAGAAAGAACAAAUAGAACAUUCUCAUCAAAUUUUACUAAAAUAAUUUCCGAAAUGUUUUCAACAGUGGACAGAAAUUUAUACGCCUAUUUUGAAGCAGUGACCGCAGCAUAUGGAACUACAGAAGCAUGGAUAAAAGCAGUGAAAGAAGAGAAUUUAGAUAUCCGAAUAUGCUUCGAAGUGGAAUCAGAAGCAUGUUACGCUGAUGCUGUUGUCUUAAUUCGUCAGAAGGAAAGACAACUUGCGAAUGUACAAGCUUCAUUUCUUGAGAAUAUCGAAAUUUAUACUUCCUUCGAACUUUGUUCAGAAGAAGAGCAAUUAUUGAUUACUAUUAGAUCUGAAAAAAUUAUUGAAGUCAUCGAAAAGAGAUACAGCGACAAUGAGACAAAGCUUGAUGUUGAGAUUUAUUAUCAUGCUUCAAAUCACGAAAUUGUUGAAGCAGUUCUCAUGGAAUUUAAGCCAUAUCGACCGAGGCGAACAAUCGAAGAGACUGAGAUGGAUACAUUAUGGAGCCGUACACAACUAGAUAUAGGAUUCUAUCAACACUUAGAUCUAGCACGGUCAAUCCAAAUCAGCGAUUCUGCUUUCAUCUUACACGAAAAUAUCUACGAAGAGGAUGAAUCAACUGAUGAACUUAGCACAUCCCUCGCUCAAGCAGCUCCUCAAUUCGCAGAAAUUUUGCGUGAGCAUUACGAGAUUGAAGAAUUCGCAAGUCAUGCAUUUAAAUGCAUUAUUUAUGGAACACCGGCGCCACAGGUUCGAUGGUACCAUAAUGGACAAGCAAUUACUCCUAACGAUAACAUAACAGAGAUUGCUGAAGAUGGUAUACACAUAUUGAAAAUAAAUAGCGCAGACAGAAGUUGGAACGGAAGUCUGGUCUGUGAAGCGGAAAAUGAUAGCGGAACGGCUCGCACGCACUCCACUAUUUACGUUCAAAGAUCAGAGGAAAGUUCCAUCAGUAGCGCAUCGAUUGGAGGACAAUCGCCUGUCAUCCAUCUAUCACUCAGCAGUGAAAUGCAUGUUAAAAUGGGAGAAAAUGUCCAGUUGAAAUGUGUAAUAUCUGGAAGUCCGAUGCCUUCAGUGCAGUGGAAGCGUAACGAUGUUAUCAUCGAAAACAAUGAACAUUACUUGAUUAUAUGUGAUGACGGGAUCUGUAUUUUGCGUAUUUCAAAUGUCGCAGAGGAGGACAACGCAAUUUUCAGUUGCACGGCGAUGAAUAUAUUCGGUUCUACAAAAACCGAAAGUAGAAUGAUUGUUGAAGAUACAAGUAGCCUAAAGGAGGAGGAAAUUUUGAUUGCAAAAAGCACUGUGGAUGAUCAUACCAUAGAUGAAGUAUCGCCAGGAUCGAUGUCAUCACAAGAUUCAUUCACCACUCAAUUUCAAAUACCUCAAUUUACGUUACCACUGCAUGACAUAAACAUAUGCGAAACUGAUGAAUUGCAACUUAAAUGUAUUGUCACUGGUGAACCAAUGCCUACAAUUCAUUGGACAUAUAAUGGCAAAGGAAUAAAAGCAGACAACAGGAAUAUAUUUGCCGUUUAUGACGAUGGCAUUAUCAUGCUGAAAAUCGCGAAAGGUGACAAAAAAGGCUUAUACGUAUGUGAAGCAACAAAUGGUGUUGGAAGUGCGCAAACUCAAUGUUUUGUUCAUACAUAUAGCCCAGAAGUUUCACUGACAACAGCAAUAGAACUGAAAGAUAUGACAGAGUCAGCUGAGGCCGUAAUUUUGUCAGUUUCGACAUCAAAAUUCUGCUCAACUGCUGAUAUAAGUGAAAAGAUUAAGGAAGAUCUCGAAGAAAGAAAAUUAAGAAAAGAGGAAAUCACGACUGAUCAAUAUAUCCCGACAGGCACACUGAAUUAUUUGAUUGAAGCAGAAGCGCAGACAAUAAGAAUCAUGAGUUACAAACUUUCUGCUUAUGCAAAAGUAAGAGUGAAAUCAAAAAAAUUAAAGGAAGAGAAAUUAUUUAAAAUAAUCAUUGAUGAGGAAGUGAUCCGCACACGAACAUAUUUAAGAGUGGUCGAACGUAGCGCAACACAAUUUUGGACACAGGAUCAUACAAUUGAAAGACCUUCAUAUUGGAGCCGAGAAGUUAUUAAUGAAAGAGUAGAAUUUGAAAAAAUAUUUCAAAAUGAUCAAUUAGACGAAUUUUUAGAAGAUAAAGAUAUUAUUGAGCGUUACGUACAGCUUCUAAAGGCUACAGAAACAUCGAAAAGUAGUGAGGAACGUGAAACUCGAUUUAAGUUACGUCAAACCGAAGGUUCACCAAAAAUUUUACAAAAGCGGCAAUUGGAAGUACGUGAAGAACAAACUGGAAGACUUGCUGAGGAUACUGGCUUCUUCGCAGUUGUGCAUUGCAUAGCAAAUGCAAUGAGUGAAACUGUAGAGGCAUAUGUGAUUCUUAUUACACGUUACCGAUAUAAAGCAACAUUUGAUAUUCGACCUGCUCUAUACCAUGCAAUUGCUAGAGGUGACGAGUUUGAAGCAUCCAUUGAAGAUUUAGUCAGACGAGAGAAAUAUUUCCCACAUUCAGUUUUGAGACUACCGUAUUUCACUCAGUCAUUUGCUAUCUUUCAAGAAGGUUACGACAGCGGAUUGCGUUGUUCUGUCUACGGUCUACCAGCACCAUGUAUUCGAAUAUCGCAUAAUGGAUGUCCGAUCCUGAGAAAUAAUAGAUUCUUUCACGUAGUGUACAAGAGUGGUGUUAUAACGCUGUACAUGCAGCACAUUCUUGAAGGACAUUACGUAUGUGAAGCAAUCAAUGAAGUCGGACGAGCCGUUAUAGAAUGCUAUAUUCGAAUGGAAGAAGGAUGGGAUGAAAAACAACACAGGAGAAUUCGAAGAAUACGAGUUGAAAACGUUUCGAAAACAACGAAAUCAGCCGACAGAAGACGCCAAGACAAAGAAACCGCACAAACAUCGACGACUCAAUAUGAAUACCAACAAAGUAAGCAAAUCAGUGAAGCGAUGGAAUCAGUAGAAAACAUGGAAUAUGCUUUAACCGAAAAUGGUAUGAAACUAGAAGAUAAGGAAGAAAUUAGAAAAGAAGCCAAAGCUGAAGAAUACGAAGAAAUUAGCAAAAACCUGUUCAUAGAAAGAAAGCCAGCAAAUUCAGCCAUGAAUGUUUCCGUUACAGAAAACGUUUAUGAUGCGUCAGAACGAGAAGAAUAUAAAGUACCACAACAAGAAAUUGAUGCACCAUUCAAUGUAAUAAAGCCUGCGUUUAUCGAACAUGCAGAGAUUCUCUAUAGGACAAUACAUCAUGGAAGAGUGUAUCACGAAACGUUUGCUGUCGUUGAUGUUGCCUUUAACGAACAAAAAGAAGAUAUUAAAGUGAUCAAUUCUUCAAAAGUCAUCGAAAAAUCAAUGACUUCAGUGAAGACAAAAUAUGUUGAACAUGAUAGGACAGCAAUUACGGAAGUGACUGCAACAGCAAAGGAAACCGAAGACAAUGAGGAAAUCAGCAAAGAAAUUUUCUUCGAAACAAAAUCCGCAACAUCAUUUCCGGGAUCUUCCGUGAUAGAACACAUUUACGACACAUCAGAACGAGUUUUCAAAGAGCUGCAAGAACAAAUUUGUGCAUCGAUCAAUAUAUCAAGGCAUAUGUCAAUCGAGCACGCGCAGAUUACACGUCCUACCACAGUUCACGAAACCAUGCACCACGUAACGAUCGCAUCAAAAACAGGGAAGGAGGUGAUAAAGCAUAUAAAAGAGUUUGAAAAUGAAAUCAUUGACGUAUCCAUCAUAAGCGUGGCAACAGAAGCUCAAACCUCAGUUCACUUAACAAAGGAAGCUAAGACCGAACAGCCUGCAGAAGCGAUCAUUGAAAAAGCUGUGAAGCCAGAAGUGGAAGAGAAAAUUGAAAGAGCAAUCGAAGAAUUUGAAGAAACGGAAAUCACACUGGAUUGCGAAAAACAUCAGGAACAUAAAAAGAUUCACGUCUCCAUUCUGACUGUGGCUUCAGAAUCAGCUCAAGCAUCA